CAUGUCUCUAUAAUCAUCUCCAACAAGAAGGUUUGUUUGGCUGGCCAGAAAAAAGCUAACUCCUACAAGAAGGCAAUUUCUGGUUUAGAUACGUACUGGGGCCACUCUGUACUCUGAAAAUGAGCACGAGUCACACCCAUGGCUCCAGCAAAGAAGGCCUGAGAUGGACAUGGGAGCUCCAUGACCUGUUUGAAGAGGCUGUUAACUGGCUUGGAGGUCCAGACGGGGCAACACCGAAGGGUAUUCUGAAGGCUAGGAACGUCGAAGGACUGACCAUUUACCAUGUCAAGAGUCAUCUUCAGAUAGGACUCCAAAGGCAACUUAGUGAUCAUCAUGAGGUUCAGAGAAAAUUAAAGUCUAAAAUGGAGGCUCAAUCAAGGUUCCUGGAGAGAUUUACAGACAAACCAAGAAACAGGACCAAUCUCAGAAAAUCUACAAAGCCUUUCUCUCCAGCAACUCUGCCUUCCCUCUGUGAGGAAUCUGAAUCCAAUGCGAAGGACUUUGAAUCGGAUUCAGAGAGGCUGAAAAACCCGAGAUAGAAUCAGAAGAAAUAGCAGGAAAGAUGAUAAUUUGAAGUUGACAAUUUGCUUCCAUUGUAUUCAUAUUACAGUCAAAACAUGUUUCUUGACAAGGAAGGAAAGUUGCAGUUCAUUGCUGCCAAUGAUGACAUCAGUAUCCCCUGGAACAAUAUUAUGGUCUGUCUGUCGCCCCUGGUGCCCAGCUUUAUGUUAAUUUUUGUGAAAAUGGGGUUGCUGUAAUAAUAAUAAAAUACAUAGUCGUGCUUGGAAUUUGUAUGUGAUCAUCAAAUGAUCUGAUAUGGUAUAAAUAAUGUUUCAUUGGGGUUGUUGAGCUUGUACGGCUUACAUUGAGAUUGUAUUUGUAAUAAGAACUGGGAUCUGAA